UUACUCACACCAGAAACACGGGGAAAAAAAAGAGAGAAAAUACUACGAAAAAUAAUAAUAUAAUAAGACCAGCUCUCUUUCUCUCUAUCUAUUUCAUUAUUUGUUCUUUAAUCCUCUUUUGAUCGAGACAAUCAAACCACUUCAUUGAUCGCAACUAACGAUUGAUCGGAUCGCCAUGGCCGUCAUCGAAAACACAGAUGGAUCCGAUCUAGGGAUCAACGUGGGAUCCACAGAUCAGGGAUCGCCGGCGGCGGCCGAUGAUCGACCCAACGGCGGGAUCGACGAGAAGAGGAACUUGAUAAGCGAAGAGGAGGUCAAGCGAGAGGUGAAAAAGCUGCAGGAGCUGCUCUCGAAGCUCAAUCCCAUGGCGGAGGAGUUCGUGCCGCCGUCGCUGGUCUCCAACGGCGGCGGAUCUUACCCGAAUGGCUUUGUGAUGCAGAAUGGGUUCCCCAAUGGUGGGAUCGGUAGGAUCGGCGGUAGGCGGAGAAGGAAUGGUUAUGGCCAGGCGAAGCGGCGAAUAAACAAUCGGACGAAUAUGGCGCAGCGAGAAGAAGUGAUUAGGAGGACAAUCUAUGUGUCCGACAUUGAUCAACUGGUCACUGAAGAAGAGCUAGCAGCCCUUUUCAUAAACUGUGGACAGGUUGUAGACUGUCGUGUAUGUGGUGAUCCAAACUCUGUUCUUCGUUUUGCUUUUAUUGAGUUCACUGAUGAGGAAGGUGCAAAGGCAGCUCUAAGCCUGUCAGGAACAAUGCUUGGGUUUUAUCCUGUAAAAGUGCUUCCUUCAAAGACUGCGAUUGCGCCUGUUGACCCAAAAUUUCUGCCGAGGUCUGAGGAUGAACGUGAAAUGUGUUCACGGACUAUCUAUUGUACAAAUAUUGAUAAGAAGGUCACACAAGCUGAUGUGAAACUGUUUUUUGAAUCAAUAUGUGGACCGGUCUACCGCAUGAGAAUGCUUGGAGAUUAUCAUCACUCCACUCGCAUAUCCUUUGUUGAGUUUGCAAGGGCAGAGAGUGCAAUUGCUGCUCUCAACUGUAGCGGUGCUGUACUGGGGUCCUUGCCGUUGAGGGUAAGCCCCUCGAAGACUCCAGUUCGCCCUCGUGCACCUCGCCCAUCCAUGCAGUAGCUCGUGCAUGUCUCAUGAGGCGGAAACUGCUGGCAGCACUAUUUAUACAUAUAUAUACAGGUCGAAACAUAUUUAAGGAUCAUGUCUUCAGUUGUUUGAUAGCAUUUCUCUUUAUCUAUUUUCUUUCUUUUCUGUUCUGUAUCUUUUGUGGGUCGCAAGAAUUUUAGGAAGCAGUUGUCAGCAUGUAUCCUUGGUUGGGUCAUCGAGGCUGAGGCUUAUUUUUUCUGUUCAGGGUUAAGUUAAACUCUUAAUCUUUUGUCAGUUUAUGCAAUAAGCGUAGUGGAUUUUGUUUUCUUUUUCAA